AUUUAAGUCACCGCACUGUCACGUUAUCUUCGCCCCUUUCCACAACUCCUCUCUCUAACCCGACCCGAUCCGCCCGAACUCUCUCUCCCAAGUCACCACCUUUCCCCUUUUUGCCCCGUCUCUCUCUUUCUCUUCGAUUUAUUGGUGUUUUGUUCGCUUACGCGAUUUCUCGAAGAAAAAAAUUUCGUAUUCCUGGAUCGAAACAAGGCUGAUUCGAUUUCUCGCUGUUGCUGUUGUUGAUUUUGGAUCUGUGUUUUGUUAUCUUCGGAUCGGGAAUUGAAAAAACCCUAGAGAUUUGAUCCAUUUCGUCGCGAAAUUAGGGUUUUUUUUUUUACCGGUGGGUUUUGGAUCUAAGGUAUUGAAUAUUGUCUGGGGAAAAAAGGAAUUUUUGAGGAUUUGUUGGAUUUUCGCUGAGGAGUUGUGUAUUGAUGUUGUUCGAAGGAGAAGAUGAUAGAAGGCUAUGCAUGGGAGGGUUUGUGAGCGGAGGCACAAAAGUCGUCGUCGGCACAUGUUGAUAUCUUCCUCGCGUGUAAUUGCGACUGUGGAAGGUGGUGGUUCUUCUUGUUUGUCCUUAUCUUCAUCUACCUCGUUUUCUAAGGACGGGCGCAAAAUUAGUGUUGGUGACUGUGCUCUUUUUAAGCCACCACAGGAUUGUCCACCGUUCAUUGGGAUAAUUCGCUUGAUCAUUGCUGAGAAAGAAGGUAAGUUGAAGUUGGGUGUUAAUUGGCUUUAUCGACCCACAGAAUUAAAACUUGGCAAAGGCACCCUUCUAGAGGCUGAGCCGAACGAACUCUUUUAUUCCUUUCACGAGGAUAAUAUACCUGCUGCAUCUUUACUGCAUCCGUGUAAAGUUGCCUUCCUUCCAAGAGGUGUUGAACUGCCAUCUGGUAUCUGCUCGUUUGUGUGUCGGCGAGUUUACGACGUUACAAACGAGCGCUUAUGGUGGCUGACUGAUCAAGACUAUAUUGAUGAUCGACAACUAGAAGUAGACAAGUUAUUGUGUAAGACGCGUUCAGAAAUGCAUACAACAUUACAGCAGGGUGGUCGUUCUCCCAAGUCCAUGAAUAGUCCAACAACAUCACAAGCGAAAGAUGGCAUACAGAACAAUAACUCUUUUCUUUCUCAGGGUAAGGGAAGGAAAAGAGAGCGUAUGGAUCAUGGUUCCGAGUCUGUUAAACGGGAACGUUCUUCUCGAGUAGAUGACAGUGGUUCUGGCCCCCUCAGAACAGAAAGCGGUUUAAAGUCUGAGAUUUCAAAAUUUACAGAGAAAGGUGGUCUGGUGGAUUCGGAAGGAGUUGAAAAAUUGUUGCAGCUCAUGCUGCCUGAGAGGAAUGAGAAGAAAAUAGACUUAAUUGGCCGUGCGAUUCUUGCAGGGGUUGUAGCGGCAACAGACAAGUUUGAUUGCCUUAGUCGUUUUGUCCAGCUCAGGGGAUUACCCGUGUUUGAUGAGUGGCUGCAGGAAGUUCAUAAAGGGAAAGUUGGGGAUGGGGGCAGUCCCAAAGACAGUGAUAGGUUAGUAGACGAUUUCCUCUUAGUCUUACUUCGUGCUCUUGACAAGCUACCUGUGAAUCUCAACGCGCUUCAGACUUGUAACAUUGGAAAGUCUGUUAAUCAUCUACGGUCACAUAAAAAUUCAGAGAUUGGGAAAAAAGCAAGGAGCUUGGUUGACACAUGGAAGAAACGAGUUGAGGCAGAAAUGGAUGCGAAGUCUGGAUCCAACCAGGGUGUUUCCUGGCCUGGAAGACUGAGUCAUGGGGGAAGGCAUUCAGGUGGUUCCGCGGAGGCAAACAAGACAUCAUCAUCACAUUUACAUGCUUCUAAGUCAGUCUCGGUCAAACAACAGGUGGAAAAUAACCUGAAGUGUGUAGCCACGUCGCCAGGCUCUACAAGAUCAGCCCCAUCUCCGGGAUCUGGUGGUACUAUUUCUAAAGAUGGACAGCAACGAAAUGCUGGGGCUGGUGGUGUAUCUGAAGUCCUAGCUGCAGUAAAGGAUGAGAAAAGUAGCAGCUCCAGUCAGUCCCACAAUAAUAGUCAGUCUUGCUCGAGCGAGCAUGCUAAAACAGGCAAUUUAUGUGGAAAAGAGGAUGCAAGAAGCUCAACUGCUGGUUCAACUUUGAAGAAGUGCUCUGGUGGCUCUUCAAGGCAUCGGAAAUCAAACAAUGUGUUUCAAGGUUCAUCUUCGUCAGCAUCCCCUAGGGAAGCUGGUUUUAGUAGAAGCUUCUCAUCACAAAGGAAUGUCCCUUCUGAGAAAAUUUCUCAAUCAAGUUUGACAUCUGAAAAAACUCUUGAGGUUCCUCUGACUGAGAGUUCCGGUAAUAAAUUGAUUGUUAAACUGCCUAAUCGGGGUCGCAGUCCUGCUCAAAGUGUGAGUGGAGGCUCUCUGGAGGACCCUGCGCCGGUGAAUAGCAGAGUUUCUUCACCUGUGCAUGCGGUGAAGCAGGAACUGUGUGACAAUAACGUGAGAGAAAAAAAUCAUUCUUAUCGAGCUAACGUGAGCUCUGUCUUGAAUGCCGAGUCUUGGCAAAGCAAUGAAUUAAAAGAUAUUUUGACAGGCUCGCAAGAGGCAGCUGGUUCACCACUUGUUGUUGCUGGUGAUGAGCGCGGAGGGGCUCUUAAAGAUUCUGAUAAAGCAGCUGGUAAUGUUAAAGGCACAUCUUCCUUAGGAAAUGAUUUCAAAUCUGGAGAAAGGCAUGGCGGAACACUCAGUUCGAUGAAUGCUUUGAUUGAAAGUUGUGUCAGAUACUCCGAGACAAAUGCGUCUUUGGCUGGUUCGGAUGAUGUUGGAAUUAAUCUUCUUGCUAGCGUUGCUGCUGAUGAGAUGUCUAAAUCGCCUGUUGCAUCACCCUCAGUAUCUCAGCCUCCAAAUUCCUUGAUGAAUGAAAAUUCUACUGUAGGGAACAAUACAAAGCUAAUCGCUUCGGAUGGCUUGCCUCACGAGCAACAUCAAGCUGCUCGCACCACUGUCAGUAAUGAGCAAGGUGAGCAACAUGUUAGCAGUAGUGGCACACAGUUGGAGUCAGAGAUAAAAAAUGAGUCUAAGACUGGAGAUCGUGAUAAGAGCUCGAAUUCAGAGACCGAAGAUCUGCAAAGGUUGGUGGAUAAGCGCCUAGAGAACAAUGACAAUUCAGAUGGUGCCGUUGCUUCGCCUGUUUUGCCCACAAAAGCUAUCAAGGAAAAGAUUUUGGAUGAUAGUGACUCUGGGGAAGUAAAGGAUAUAAAGGCUGAUGUUAAAUCAGAGGCUGAUUGCACAUCUGACUCAACAAAAAGAGUAGCAAGCUCAAUGCUAACUGAAUGUAGAGAUGUAAGUCAAAAGGUAGAUUCUGUGGCUGUUGAACACACUCCCUUGGACCGUGUUGAUGAUAAGAAAGAAGAGAAACCCCCAACGGCGUUGAGUUCUGAGCUAGUUAAAAAAGUGGAAGAAGAUGUACCAGUUUCUUCUGGAAUUUCAAGGGGUAUGGAUGCAGUAAGCAUUGAUAGACCUAUAACUGAAAUGGUCAAUAAUAUGGCGGUUAAUCAUAUAGACCAAAAAGAUAUAAAGAAGAUUAAGCAGGAUUGUGAUGCCUUUGUGGGUGCUAUAAAGGAUGCCUCAGCCGGUUUGGACUCAUCUGUAACUAAAGGUAAAGUUGAGCCUGUGGAGGGGAAUCUAGAAAAUAUUAAAGUCAAGGAACGGUGCUUAGGAUUAAAAGCUACUCCAGGAGUAUCACCUAAAGAUGCAGAGGAUCUUAAGAGACCGAAUGGGCCUAAAACCAGUGAUGCUGAUGGAGAUGAAGCGGAGGAAUGUACGUCUGCUGCCAGAGAUGCUUCUUCCGUUUCAGCUGCAGCUUCAGCUGGCUCUGAGAUGGAUGCCAGAGUUGAAUUUGAUCUAAAUGAAGGUUUUGAUGGAGACGAUGCAAAACAUGGGGACUCAAAUAACUUCUCUGGAUCUGUAUUUUUGACGCCUACUCCUCUACAACCAGUUAAUACCUUGCCUUUUCCGGUGGCUCCUGUAUCUAGUGGAAUUCCUGCAUCCAUUACUGUUGCUGCUGCUGCCAAAGGUCCAUUUGUUCCACCUGAAGAUCUGUUGAGAAAUAAAGGGGCUGUUGGUUGGAGAGGAUCUGCUGCCACUAGUGCCUUCCGCCCAGCUGAGCCAAGAAAAGCUCAGGAUGUGUUACUGAGCAUUAACAAUACCUCUACAUCUGAUGCAUCUACAUCUGCUGGCAAACAGACAAGGACGUUUCUGGAUUUUGAUUUGAAUGUACCUGACGAGAGAGUCCUUGAAGAUUUGGCUUCCCAAAGAACUGGAAUUGCCACAAAUUGUACAUCUGGUAUCACCAAUAGUUUUGAUCAAGUACGUUCUGGGGUCAUGGGUUCCGCGCUUGAUCAUUCUUCUGGGGGCCUUGAUCUUGAUCUAAACAAAGUUGAUGAUUCAACUGAUAUGAACAACUACAAUAUGAGUAGUAGUCAUCGGCUAGAUUCAUCUUUUCAGCACGUUAAAUUACCAUCGACUGGUGGUCGUAGAGAUUUUGAUUUAAAUGAUGGACCUGCUGGUGAUGAUGCGGCUGUUGAGCCAUCUAUGGUUCUAAAUCAACAUUCACGAAGUGGCUUGCCCUCACAACCAUCUCUCUCUGGAAUACGAGUGAAUGGCGAAAACAUGGCUAGUUUCUCAACUUGGUUUCCUGCUGCUAAUGCUUAUUCAGCAGUGAGCAUUCCUCCAAUUAUGCCUGAGAGAGGUGAUCAACCUUUUCCAAUGAUUGCCAAUCGUGGACCACAGAGAAUGUUGGGUCCAACAACUGGUGUUUCCUCAUUUGCCCCUGAAGGGUACAGGGGUCCGGUUUUGUCGUCGUCUCCAGCCAUGCCAUUUCAGUCCACAACGUUCCAGUAUCCUGUCUUUCCUUUUGGAAACAGCUUCCCCAUUACCUCAGCGAAUUUCUCUGGUGCUUCUACAACACACAUGGAUUCUUCUUCAAGUGGGAGAGCUUGCUUCCCCGGUGUGAACUCUCAAAUAUUGGGUCCUGGAGUACCAGUUCCGUCUAAUUACCCAAGACCUUAUAUCGUUGGCCUCCCAAAUGGUGGUAGCAAUGGUGGAGUUUUGGACAAUAGUGCGAAAUGGUUUAGGUCAGGACUUGACUUAAAUUCUGGUCCUGGAGGUCAUGAAACGGAGGGAAGAGACGAAUCAACACUUGUGGCAAGGCAAUUAUCCUCAUCUGCUUCCUUACCGUUGAAGGAGGAUCAAGCAAGAAUGUAUCAAAUGUCAGGUGGUGUUCUGAAGAGGAAAGAACCGGAAGGUGGAUGGGAUGGAUAUAGGCAAUCCUCAUGGCAAUAACAAUAGCUCAGAAUCUCAGUAGGCCACAUGAGCUUUUACUAAGAGAUGAAAGUGAUUGUGAUGCUGCCACAAGGCUUCAUUGGCUGGCCUGCUCUGUUCAAGAUGAGGAAUGGGUGAGUCAAUCUGCGACUUAACAGUGGUCUCAACCUUUUUAAGAACACAAACCUGAACUCUUGGUUUCACCAUCAUGUAGAUCUUCCAAAAACAGUCCCAAAUUCACCGGAGUGGCCAUUCUCUUUCAUCAACAAGGUUCUCAGCGAGAGACCCGCAUCACCUCCUCCCCACAAAGAGUUUUAAAAGGUGAAACACACUUUUUGGUCAUUUUUCAUGCAUGUGUGUAUCUCUAUACACCGGCACAAAAGACUAGAGAUAAAACAAAUGUUAGUGGCUUUUGAGUGUGUUCAAAAUUAUGGUAAAAAAGUCUUUGGCAUUGUGGCUUUACAUAUAUGUUCUGCGCUAGGUGAUGGGGUUGUAUUAUAGACACAACAAGAUUAGUUACUUCUUUUUUUCUUUCUUCUUUUCAGUUUGUAGAUUUAUUACAUCUUGUGCUGGUGCUGUUUGAAAUUUACAUGCUUCUUCCUUGCA